GUCAAAACAGAUGGUUUGUUUGCGGAACCGGGAAAAUCUGUUCGCACUGGACAAACGGAUUUUUGUAGCCCUUUAACUUCAUUAACCGUUGAACUUGGUAGUAACCAUAGUUUAACUAUCGAGCGAUCCAAUGAAAUUUAGCAAUUGGGUUCAUUGAGUUAGUUAUUCCUAGUUAGCAAAAUAUAUCCAAAUGAAUAAACUGUGAUUAGUGCUUAUAAAAGCAAAAUUUAGUGUAGUUCUGUGUUCCUCAAAGCUUUAAAUAAUUGUGUUCAUGAAGUGCUGAUAGGAAGAUUCCAAGAAUCGGUUCCAAAAUGGAACAGGAGACAUUCCUUACUCCCCGUAAGAUAUUCCAGAAUGCAUUCAACGCGGCUAGGAAGUCAACGACCAGUGCAAAUUCGCCAUCGAUUAGGGCCUACACACCAACGUCUUUAUCUCGCACGGCUGCCGGAACCAGUCGGAUCAGUUUACUUCCGGGCAUCCAGACACCUCCAUCUAGACUGAUUAAGGGCAAAGUAAUAAAUCCAUUUGAGUCUCAUUUGACGGACCGGUUACAUUUGCCGGUAAUUUGUAGUCCUUCGUUAUUCGAACGUCCGAGCACCCCACAGAACGGCAGUGUAACGCAGUUCGAGUGGACUAUCGACGAUGUGAGUUACUUGGGUCCGGCCAAUGUGGAACCACACGAAACACAAUUUAUGGAAACGCCGGACCCGGUGAUGGAAGCAAAGGCCCAAGCAGCAAUUAGUGCGUAUUUCAAAGACCACAGUAUAGUUCCUAGCCCCAUUGAUUGUCAGCUGCGAAGCCAGAAAAUUAUAUUGAAUGGAGAAUCCACUGCCAUCGACAGUUUCGUGGGACGGAAGUCUAAACGGAAACGGGACGGAAUUGCCCAGACUGUAUUAACUUUCCCACCGAAUUUGCCCAAAGAAGUUGAAGACAUUCUGGCACCUUACUUUGGUUUCCACGACAACCAACAGCAAACACAUGAAUCUAUCAUCGAGUCGGACAAUAGCAUUGAUCAUGAUGCUCGUGAUGCAUCACUCCGUAGAAAAUUGUUCAAUUGUUCAGCAGCGUCGACUGCUACAGAAGGGGAACGAGACGACUCACUAGACCAUUUGGACAUGCAGUCACUUAGCCCUGCGCCGAUCACUCCAGAAGUUGAUAAGAAUUCCUUGCAAACCCUGAAACGGUCCCGUUGCUUUGGAUCUCAGGAAAUUAAGAUCGAUCCAGAUGAUAUUUCUCUGAGCCCCGUAGUGGAUAAAACGAAGGAAUCAUUCGGAGCACUUUCUCCCAUUUCUAAAAGCUCGGCUUCUCCUUCACCACUGAAGCCUAGUUCGAAUUCCACAGAGCUACCUGAUCAUGACGCCAUUUACAGAAGCACGCCUGAACGCUCUAAAAGUGCCAUACUAAUGAUGAAUUGUAGCACUAACAGUCACCAUAUGUCCGUUGAUCAGGGCGAGAAGCAUACCGACCUAACUGUUGAUAUCAACGAAGAGGAUCUUUCUUACGAAGAUAAUCCGCUAGCCUCAUCACAAUCAUCAUCCUCAACAUCGCAACAUCCAACUACACCGCUUCGCCACACGUCCAAGGAAAGACGCAGAAACCGUAAAAAUCUGUCCCGUUCGUUUCUCUUGUAUUCCGACGAGGAUCGUUUCGAAGAAGAGGAACAACAGCAACUUUCCAAGGAGCCGACACAUCACCGAAGUUUUGCUGCCAUCGGCAGCGACAAGGAGUUCGUUGCUAACUCGAUACCUGAUGGUCAUUAUUUGGCUAAAUCAGUGCCAGAAACUAGGAGCGGUACCUUCUAUCGUAUGGACAGUGGAUUCAAUGAGGAGGAAACACGAACGAGUCAAGAGACUGCCGACUAUGAGACUGAUGUUUCUAUGCAAUCCGAAUGUUGUGAUCGUCUGACACCACAACGGGUCGAGAAUUGGAAAAUGUCCACUAAGAUGACCUAUUCCGACGGACAGCAUCAUAUGGGUUGCUCGAUAAGACUGUAAAACAGUGAAUUUGUAAUUGAGAUUUUAUUUUAUAAUAUUCGUAUGAGAAUGGCACAAAUAAUAUGUGGGCUAGUUUAAGUAGUUUCAAUGAAUUUUUGUUCGCAUUCAUUGCGCCUUGAAGUUUAUUAUGAUAGGUUCUGUUUAACAAUAUGCGCUUUGUUUUUAUAAGCUACUUUUUAAUAUAAUAGAAUACAAUAAAUUGACACAUUUUCAAAAA